AUGUCUGCUAAGGAUUUAUUGAUUUAAUUAUUUGGAUUGCCUAAAGGAGAAAUCAUCUUUUAAGAUUAUUCUUGCGCUUUAAAAGGGUUAAUUUCAAAAUAUGGAAGAGUAUUUGUAGCAGAAAAUCACAUUUGCUUUUAUGCAAACCUCGCAGGAAGCAAAACAAAUUUAGUGAUUAAAUUAGAUGAUAUUUCUAAAUUGGAAAGUAAAAAUAAGAGUGAUAUUGAUAUAACUUUAAAGGAUGGCAGAAUAUUUUGUUUCAAUGGUUUUCAUGAUAAAGAUUAAGUAUACAAUUUAAUGAAUGCUUUAAUAUCUGGAUAGCCAUUAUCAAAUUAAUAGACAAUAUAAACUACUACAGAUAGUGCUCGAGAUGAUGAUUCCUAAAUAGAAAAUGCUGAAGUAGAAAUCUAAUUCCUCUAAGCAGGAGCAUCCAUGGAUUAAGAGAUGUGCAAAUUUACAUUUUCAUUUAAUUUAGAUAAAUUUUUUGAAUUCUUUUUUGCAGAUGAUGCUCUUGUGUAUUCAAUUGCAGAUCAUAGAUAAUCUGAAAAAGAUACAGAUAUUUAAUUAUCUAAAUGGACUCCAAUGGAAGAUAAUCCAGCAAUGUUUCAGAGAGAAAUGAAAAAUGUUAUUAAGUUAACAGGAGUACCUUUCAAAGAUAAAAGUAGAAUGCAUAAGCUUUUUACUUACAAAAAAGAGGCAGAUAAAAUAAUUUAUACUUGUACUACUCACACUUUAGAUGUUCCUUAUGGAAAUUGUUUUUAGGCUGAAGAAAAAUGGGAAGUAUCAUCUUUAGAGGAUAAUAAAUGUUUAUUGAAAAUAUUUGCUUCAGUUGUAUUUACAAAAUCCACAAUGAUGAAAGGCACUAUUAUGAGUAAAACAAUGUCUGGGUUAAAGGAAGAUUAUGAAAAAUGGAUUAACAAUGUUAAAAUUAAAUUAGAGGCGAUGGCAAAAUCAUAAAAAUCAUAAGCAUCCAACAUCAAUCAUGAAUUUGAGGACUCUAAAAAAUUAGAUGAUAAUAUUUUAAACAAAAUAAUGUAAACAAAUUAAUCUCAAUAAUAAAAGUUAAAUACUUCCCAAAGCUAAUUUUAUUAAGGGAGAAAAUCGGAAUUACUUUAUUUAUUAUCCAUAUUUCUUUUAAUUAUAAUAAUGCUCAUUUAAAUAGGGAUUUUAAAUAAAUAAUCAUAAAAACUUGAAAACUUAGAAUAGUUGGUAUUACAAUUAUAAUAAAGAUGA